GCUACACGGAGAAGUCCCAUCAUCUGAAUUGUCACAGGGGACGAAUAUAAUGGAGAGCCUAUGAUGUCUCCCUAGCAUUAUGACAUUACAAUGGAAGAACCCUUCUUUUUGUGCUUCACGUGGGUUCUCGGGAGGAUCGAGUACAGCGUCUCGAUCGCUGGGGCUUCCCAUUCGGAUCGGCGGUAAGGCUAGGGUCUCUGAGAUGGAGCGUGAGAUUCCCGCGGCAGUGGCGGCGGGGGAGCCAGCGCUAGGGAUGCACACACUGCCUAUGGCGGCUGCCCUGGCGGCGUCUCCAGCGGCGGAGCUGGCGUGCAAUCUCCUCGACAGGCCAAACCGCAAGGAGGUGAAGCUCUUCUAUUGCAGCGAGUACGAGGAUUUGGCACGGAGGAUCGCCGCCGAGACGGAUUCCAUCGAGCUCAAAUCCAUCCGCUGGAACACAUUCGAGGAUGGCUUUCCAAACUUGUUUGUGCCAAAUGCUCAUGGGAUCCGUGGCCAGCACGUUGCAUUCCUCGCGUCUUUCAGCUCUCCUGCCGUGAUCUUUGAGCAGCUCUCGGUGAUCUACGCUCUUCCCAGGAUGUUCAUCGCCUCCUUCACGGUGGUGGUGCCGUUCUUCCCGACUGGAACGUCGGAGCGCAUGGAAGACGAGGGUGACAUUGCCACGGCCUUCACUCUCGCUCGGAUCCUCUCCAACAUUCCAAUCUCGAGGGGUGGCCCGACAAGUCUCGUCAUCUUUGACAUCCACGCACUCCAGGAGAGGUUCUACUUUGGUGACAGCGUUCUUCCCUGCUUCGAGAGUGGAAUCCCGCUGCUCAAGCACCGCCUACACCAGCUUCCGGAUUCCACAAAUGUGACUAUAGCUUUCCCCGACGAGGGAGCUUGGAAGCGCUUCAACAAGCAAUUCGAGCACUUUCCCACGAUAAUCUGUACGAAAGUUAGAGAUGGAAACAAAAGGAUCGUUCGCUUGAAGGAAGGCGAGGCCGCUGGAAGGCACGUCGUCAUUGUGGAUGAUUUGGUGCGCUCUGGAGGCACUCUCAAGGAAUGCCAGAAAGUACUACAAGCGAAUGGAGCCACGAAAGUGAGUGCUUACGCCACGCACGGCGUCUUCCCUCAGCAAACUUGGGAGCGAUUUCUUCACGCGGCAGGAGAGAGCGAGAAAGAAUUUUCGCACUUCUGGAUCACAGACUCCUGCCCCGAGACCGUCAAGGAGGUAAUUGGCAAACCACCCUUCGAAGUUCUCACGCUGGCUGGUUCCAUCGCUGCGGCACUCCACAUAUAAGUGCUCAUUCUUCCAUCUCCAAUUUUCUUACUCUUCCUUUGCUUGAGAGUUCAUCCGGUUUUCUCUUCCACCACCAAUCUUCUUACUCUUUCUUUGCUUGCAAAACGCAGGAUUUUUUUUGCUCUUCGUUUAGCUAAGUUCAUUGAGGAUUUGCUUGAGAAGUAAAUGAAAACAGGCUGAUUUUUCCGAAUCUA